CCCCCUCCCCACAGGCUUGAGGUCUCGGCCGCAGCGGUUGUUCGGAGCAGCAGAGCGAUGGUGUCCGCGGUCUCUCCGGUUCUCUCACCGUCCAUCUAACGAGGACACGCAGGUUCUCCCCUCGACGAGGCCGCGCUCUGCAAUGGAAGGCCACGUUUUCCCGGACCAGGAGCAGCUGCUGCAGUUCCUGAGGAGGCUCAAGGAGGUUUUCGACGUGUGUGACGAGGAUGCUGACGGCUUCAUCCGGGUGGAGCACCUGGUGGACCUCGGUGUGCAGUUCGGACAAGGAGACGAGGUGAAGGCAUUGACCAGACAUCUGGAUCCUAACGCUCAUGGGAAAAUCAACUUUAAAGACUUUUGCCAUGGAGUGUUUGCUAUCAAAGGUUGUGAGGAGAUUCUGAAGAUGGCUGUGGGUCCUAGGAGUGCAAGCUCCAACCAGCCGUCUGUCACAGACAAUGGUUAUGUUUACCAGAACGGUGAGGCCAGGCUGCCCACUCCGAUGAUCAUGUGCACCCGGUCCUUCCCUGAAUGCAGUGUGUACAGGGAGGGUUGUGGUGCUGAUGGGGAGUGUGACAUGGACAGCAGCACUGAAAACAGCUUGGACUCUUUGCACCCAACAAGAAAAGACAGCCAACUCGCUGGCUCGGCGUCUGCGUCCGUCAUCUCUGGUGAGGAGCAGUUUGAGGACUACGGUGAGGGGGAGGAUGUGGAUUUCAUUCCCAGCAGCCCUUGCCCUGAAGAAGACAACCGAACAAAUGGCUUCUCAGAUCUGGGAUCCUCGCUUCCCUCGAGUGCUGGGCAGACGCCCCAGAAAAUGCGGCAACUAUAUAACAGUGAGCUGCUGGACAUCUACUGUUCUCAGUGCUGCAAGAAAGUGAAUCUGCUCAAUGACCUGGAGGCUCGACUUCGAAACCUCAAGGCCAACAGCCCUAACAGAAAGAUCACCAGCACAGCAUUUGGACGUCAGCUGUUCCAGGCCAACCACAGCGUGUUUGGGUCGAGUCAGGGCAGCAGCACAGAGGAUCUGUUCACAGACAGCAUCGACUCCUGUGAUCUUGACAUCACAGAGAAAGUCAGUUAUUUGGAGAAGAAGGUGACAGAGCUGGAAAGUGACAGUCUGGCAAACGGUGACCUCAAGUCGAAACUCAAACACGAAAACACACAACUAGUCCACAGGGUCCAUGAGCUGGAGGAGCAGGUGAAGGAUGCAGAGACGAGGGCAGACCAGUGUCUGGAGGAGGAGACCAAGAGGCACCGGGAGGCUUACACCAAGAUGGAGAGAGACAGAAACUUCGAGAUGGACCUGCUCUGCAACAGGUUACAGCAGUUAGAAGAAGAAAAUGGAGAGAUGAAGUUAAAUGUGUGUCGACUCAAGUCUCAGACCGAGAAACUGGACCAGGAGAAGCAGAGAAUGACAGACAAGCUGGAGGACACUAGUCUGAGGCUGAAAGAUGAGAUGGACCUCUACAGGAAGAUACUGGACAAGCUCUGGCACAACCGCCAUGCGUUUCAGAAGGAAAAGGAGUCUAUGCAGGAGCUGAUCGAAGAUCUGCGCCGGGAGCUGGAGUACCUGCAGCUGUUUAAGCUGGAAAUGGAGCAUCCUGGGAAAGGCAAGGGGUUAUCGGAGUACAACGCCAAGACCAGGGAGAGUGAGAUGGAACAUGAAGUCAAGAGACUGAAACAGGAGAACUACAAGCUGCGGGAUCAGAAUGAUGACCUGAACGCUCAGAUUCUCAGCCUGAGCCUGUAUGAGGCUAAAAACCUGUUUGCCUGUCAAAGCAAGGCCCAGUGCUUGGCAGCCGAGAUCGACAACGCAUCCAGAGAUGAGCUGGUAGAUGCUUUGAAGGAGCAGGAGGAGAUCAACCUGCGUCUGAGGCAGUACAUGGACAAAAUCAUUCUGGCCAUUCUCGACCAUAACCCCUCUAUUCUGGAGAUCAAGGGUUAAAUCUCUCCUUCACACACACACACACACACGUCAAACACAUGUGUUACUGUAGUUGAGUCGAGCUUCCAUUACCUGACUAUUAGCCUGAUUAUUAUUAUAUACUGAUAAUUAGCUGCAUUAGCUGAGUCAGCACAGCACAUAAUGAGGAUGCAGGUGAAGGGCUGUGAAGAGGAGAGAGUGGUCUACUUUCAGAAAGGACGUACUGUGGCUUUCAAAUUUCCGUCGUGACUGAUUUGGCAACAGCCGUGAUUAUAUCAAGUGCAGUUCAAUACUACAGCUCCCAGAAUUCUGGGGUCGAUAAGCACUCUGUCAGAGAUAAUGAAUCGCAGUUUAUGACAGGGAGGUUCAGUUUAUCAAUUCCUGGGGAUCGCUUGAACUCUGAAUUUCAAACCUUACAACAAACAAUUAGAAUGACUUCAGAGAAAUACUUACAGUAUGUAAAUACUAAUGCCGCUACACACACACAGUACUGUAUUCUUCAUCAGUGUCAUCAUCGCCACAGCGGUUUUCCUCCUGUACCACUAAUAAUAUUGAAACGUCUGUCAGUCACUGCAGAGCUACAUGUGCCACCCGUGUUUUAUUACUUAUCAUAUUUGAAGCCAGUGAAACUGCCACUGUUCACUUUAUCACUUGUAGUCACAGUAGUGUUUCUUCUGAUGGGGAUUCAGACUGAAUCAGAAUCCAGAUCUAAAGUUUGCAUGUUUACUACAAACUGUUGCCAAAGCUGUCUGUCAUGCUGCAGGUUCGACCCUCUUGCAGACAGCCAUGAGUUUCUUUCACUUCACGAUGGUAUGAACAUCUCUUAGUAGAGACUUGAAAUCUGCUUGAAUAUGACGAUUGCUAUAAUUUGUCACAAUCAUAAUAUAUAUUUAAUGGCAACGCUGAGCGGAUUUUUCAAACCAAUCUACGAUUAUAUAUGAGAGUAACGAUGGAAGUUGAGAAUGAAUGAAAACCAGUGGAAGCAACAACAGUCAGGAUGUGGUUAGCUUAGCUUAGCAUAAAGACGCAGCGGGACAACUUCUCUUAAAUUCAGUGAAUAACAAUUAUCUCAUUUGAGUAAGUUGGAUAUUUUCAGUGGAGAUAUGUUUUGGAUCUGCUUCUUGAUGAACCACCGUUUAUUCCUCUCCCCAGUGCUCCAGAAGUUCAACUGCUUCUCUUGAGAAGUUUGAAACAAAAGAUUUGUAUAAUGGUCAGUGUCGAACUCUUGAGUUCUGCAUUUUGAGCUGUGAUGAGCUGAUUGAGCCUCUAACCCUUUCCUUUGGCUGUUUCAACACAAAUGAAUGUCUACAUGAUUAACACGCUACAUGCUGUACAUCAUGGGAAUGAAAAUGUUAUUAACUAUGUAAUUGAGCCUGUGAGGGACAAUUCAGUGCAGUCUAUGUUUUCUGAAGGUAUUUAAAGGUGCCAUCGCUCAGUGUUAUACGCCAGAGCUCAACCUUUCUCUGUUUUCAUGUACUGUUAAAAAAAAAGACAUUAGAAGGACGUGAUAAACACCAUGCAUUGUUGAAUAGCCCACUUACAAAUUCAACAUAAUGUGCAUGUGUUACCAGCAGGAGCAGCAGAGACGGGAACAAUGACUGUAAAAGUUCUGCUGUGUUUCUCAGCUCUUAGAGGAAAUGACUUGUGUCAUGAUCUUUGGUCAAUCACAAAUCCCCUUAAAGGUAUUCUGUGGAAUUUUGAGCACUUUGGAUGCCACAGGUCAGAGCCUACUGUUGCAUGCAUGGACAGUAGAUGGCAGCGAUUCACCAGCAAACAACGUCAACAAAAAAACAGUGAUGAAGAAACCAUGUAGAAUUUAUUAUAUUAGAAAAAAACUAGAAUGGCAGUACAGCACAUAUCCAUGCCAAGGACAAACUGUACCCUUGUGAAACUGAAUCUAUUUUUUUUAUUUGGGUCAACACCAAAUUUCACACACUAAAUAUCAGCUCUCAAAACGCCAGAUUUGUUUUCACCAGGAUCCAUAAAGUUCUCUCCCAAUCUCCUGGAUUUGUCCAGAUCUGUGCCAAAAUGUAAUCGAUUUUUCUUGGCCCACGUCCCAUUGUUCCACAAAGUAUCAAGGAAACCUAUUUUUUUGCAUAAUCCUGCCGUUAAAAAAACAACCAACCAACAGGGUUGAAAACAUGCCCCCCUUGGCAGAAGUGAAAAUCUUUGCAAAGUUUUGCAAAUGUCUUAUGGCCAAAAUGCACUUGUUUGUAUAUACACAGUGUAUUUUGAUGAAAAACACUGAAUGUUGAAGUUAAUUUUUGUUGAAUAAUCUCCACAAGGUGUCUUUAAGUCAAAGUGUUCAUUCACUGUAUCUUAGCCUUUUAAAAAUCAGUGAGAAAUCAGAUUUUACAAAUGUUGUUCAAAAAUUCUUUCCGAAUAGUUUUUAGAAAAAUAGAAAUUUCUUCAUAUGACUUAGAUGAACUUACUGUAAGUUACCCACUCGCUUAAAAUGUGAUUCUGCCAGUGUUGUAAGUUAUUUUCAUUUACUCUGAACCAAGCUAAAUAUUUAACUGUGCUGGUAGACAAGCUAACCAAACACACCAGAAUGUGACUCCACGUGUGUGACGGGGACUGAGCAGUACUGAGCUGCCAUAGUGAGCAUCAUAUCAUAUAACUAAUGAAAGUAGAUUUGCUCCAUUGCACAAACGUGUCACCAAGUGAGUCUGUCCACUGUCAUUCGCUUGUUCUUUUACAGGAUUUGUGCAUUUGCAUAUGAGGAAUUAAAACAUAUUAUUUUGUAUGAUUUUGUCCAUUGCUGUCACUGUAAGUGAACUUUUUUUUUCUGCUGACGUUUGUUUUAUUUGGGCACAGUAUUUGUGGUGUCACAUGUUGUAAAUGUACAGAAUCUAGUUACUAUGUUUGUGCAAGUCAUUCAGCUUCUUACAAAGUCUCUUUGAGAGAUUUGACACAAAAUAACAAAGUAUGUGUUUGUAGAUUAUAAUAAUCGUGAUAUAGCACACUUCAAGUGUCAUAUUCAAAGUAUUUACCUGGAAUAAUGAUGUUCACUCAGAUUUCUUUUUCUUAUGUUAUGCACACAGAACUAUAUGUGAUGAUGAUGUACAAAUUAGAUGUGUAAAUAAAAUGAAUUUGCUUUGGCAUGA